AUGGCGCCGGCCCGCAAAUCUCGCUGGGGCCCACCGCCACCGGGCGCUGCCGGCGCCGCCCCGGCCGGGGACAAGGCCGCGCCAUCCACCUCCGCCCGCACCCCGACCCCCACCCGCACAGCGGACUCCAGGCGCCAUCCGGGGCCCCCUACCGCGCCAGCACCACACGCCCGCAACCCCGCGUCGCCGGCAGCCGCGCUCCGGCCGCAGUCUCAGCUGCAGCCAGCGGCGGAGACUCCUCCCCCGCAGCCGUACGGCUUCCACAACCUCGACCGCCGCACCAUGCUCCUCGCCGACGGCACCGUCCGCACCUACUUCGCCCUGCCCCCUGACUACCCCUUCGAGCCGGCGCCCCUGCCACCCCUCCCACACCACCUCCUCCCCCGCGCCGCCCCGGACCUCUGGCCGCCGCAUCAGGCGCCGCCGCCGCAGAUGCCCAUGCCUGUGCAGAUGCCGCCGCACGAGGCUAGGCGCAAACACCCCGCCGACCAGGACGAGGGCUUCCCGAGGCACCCCAAGCAGCCGCGGCUCGACGGGCCGCAUCAACCGCCGCCACAUGCAGCGGUGGACCGGCACGUGCUCAGGAGGGCGUUCCUCAAGUACGCCAAGAUGCUCAACGAGAGCUCCGUGCAGAGGCGGAGCUAUCUCGAGGGCGGCCGUGUCCCGUGUCUCGCCUGUGGCAGGUCUUCUAAGGACUUUGCUGAUGUCCGUGGACUUGUCAUGCAUGCUUACAACCCACCAAAUGCAGAUUCACUUGUUGAUCAUCUUGGUUUGCACAAGGCAUUGUGUGUCCUUAUGGGAUGGGAUUAUACAAAAGUCCCUGAGAACUCUAAGGGCUACCAAUCAUUACCUUCUGACCUUGUCCAAGCAAGUAGGGAGGACCUCAUCGUAUGGCCGCCUACUGUUAUCAUUCACAAUACUUCGACUGGGAGGAAGAAAGAUGGUCGCUUUGAGGGUUUAGGGAACAAAGAAAUGGAUAAGAAAAUGACAGAACUAGGGUUUUCUGGUGGGAAGUCGAAGUCCUUGUAUGGAAAAGAAGGACACAUGGGUUUGACACUGAUCAAGUUUGCAAACAACCCAUCUGGCUUGAAGGAGGCUGAGCGUCUUGCUGAGUUCCUUGAGAGGCAAGAUCGUGGACGUAUAGGUUGGUCACGUGCUCAUGCCAGUCGUUCUGUAGAUUCUGAUCAGAACCCUUUGUUGGUUGAGACGGAUAUCAGGACAGCUGAGAAAAAGAGGAUACUUUACGGUUACCUAGCAAUUGCAUCUGAUCUGGAUGAACUAGACUCAGAUUCUAGAAAAAGGGCUUUCCUCAAGAGCAGAAGAGAAUUUGAUCCAAACGAAUGA